CUCAUCCUCUCUCCCAAGCUAGAUUGUAACUUAACACUCCAACCCGCCGCAACCUUUCCCAUCUCGCCCCCGCACGGUUCCCCCAACCUCGAACCCUACACCACCUCCCCAGAAAAGAUGGGCAACAUCUGCUCCAAAUCCUCCAACGGACCCGACGCCUUCGCCCAACCCGGCCGUGUUCUCGGCACCAACAAUGACCAAUCCACACCCAAUGCCGCCGCCGCCUCCGGUCCGCGCGCUUCACUCCCCAAAUCCAAAGCCCAAUCCCAAUCGAACACAAACACAAACUGGGGGUCUGGUUCGGCGGGACGGACAGUCGGCGGAGAGGGAGCGAGUGCUGUGUCGGCGCCAGGGCAUACGGAUGCAAGGACGAAUGCGGCGUUGGCGGCGCAGAAACGCGCCGAGUCUGCGACUAAUAACUCCAAUAAAGGGAAACUGGGGUCGAAGUUGGCGGCGCAGAAAGCGCAGACCCAGACACAAACCUUGAAUGAGGCGAGUCGCGCCGAGGUCGCUGCCAGAGAUGCGGAUGGGGCAGCUGAGGCGCGGAGAUGGCAAUGAAAGAGGGGGCGUGGCGCGAAGGGAGGUAUCUACUAUAUAUAGUUGAUGGAUGGUGGGACUGAGCCUGGCUUUACGGUCGAUCAUGCUCGCUGCACGGAGUUCAUGUCUGUGAUUUGUGGGCUUGGUAUAUUGUUUUUAUGUUUCUUAUAUUGGCGCAAUCGUGAAUACCCUAGCAGGCUACUUUGAUUA